GCCAUUGCCAUCUUAUCAUCCGCCUCCCUCCUCUCUCAUCACCUCCCAUCUCUAAUCUGCUUCACUCUAAUUGCUGAUGAGCAAUGAAAGCCCAGUAAUGGCGAAGACGAAGGAUAAACAAGCAUGGUGAAUUCGAGGGCAACUUUUUCUAUUUAAACUCUCAAAUUCAUGCUGAAAUUGGGAUACAUUAGAAGAGAGAGCGAAGGAAGGGAGUAAUAUUCGAUUGUUCCUUGCCGGGAUCAGCAAGGAAGGAAUUGAAACAAUUAAUCAAGGAAUCGAGAGAUACAAGCAAUGAAGCAUUGACACUUCUUCCCCUUCUGCCUUUUUUCUGAACCUCCUCCUUCGGCGGCAUCAGCGCAGUCCUCGUUGCCGCUAUUAUCUCAAGUGGCGGAGGGGCUGAACUUCGCUUGCGGAGAGGAGGAUACUAGGGAUGGAGGAGGAACAUCAACAUAAUGAUAAGAAGUUGGCAGUGUCGGAUGUUGGGGCUUGGGCCAUGAACGUCAUCAGUUCCGUGGGUAUAAUCAUGGCGAACAAGCAGCUUAUGUCCCCUGCAGGUUUCGCCUUCACCUUCGCGACUACUCUGACUGGCUUGCACUUCUCUGUGACUGCAUUUGUUGGCUUCAUUUCUUAUGCCACCGGAUAUUCUGCAUCAAAGCAUGUUCCUUUGUGGGAACUUCUCUGGUUUGCCAUUGUUGCCAACACAUCCAUUACAGGGAUGAACCUGAGCCUCAUGCUCAAUUCUGUUGGCUUUUACCAGAUAUCAAAGCUUAGUAUGAUUCCUGGUGUGAUGGAAUGGAUUCUUCAUGAUAAGCACUAUUCAAAAGAGGUGAAGAUGACUGUUCUUGUGGUUUUUUUGGGUGUUGGAAUUUGCACAGUGACAGAUGUCAAAGUUAAUGGCAGAGGUUUCAUUUGUGCUUGCAUUGCAGUUCUUUCGACAUCCUUGCAGCAAAUUUCCAUUGGUUCCUUGCAGAAGAAGUAUUCAAUUGGAUCUUUUGAACUACUUAGCAAAACAGCACCAAUUCAAGCUCUCUCUCUUUUAAUUCUGGGUCCUUACAUUGAUUAUUAUCUCAAUGGUAAAUUCAUUCUCAACUACAAGUUGACUUCGGGCUCUAUAUUCUUCAUUCUUCUCUCAUGUGCACUUGCCGUCUUCUGUAACAUCAGUCAAUACCUCUGUAUCGGCCGUUUCUCGGCUGUAUCGUUUCAGGUGUUGGGCCACAUGAAAACAGUUUGUGUGCUUACUCUUGGCUGGUUACUCUUUGAUUCACAGCUGAGCUUAAAAAACAUUAUGGGGAUGGUUCUGGCAAUCGUCGGCAUGGUUGUCUAUAGUUGGGCGGUUGAGUUGGAGAAGAAGACAAAUGCUAAGAUUUCUCUAUCCAAAACAAGCCUAACUGAAGAGGAACUCCUUCUUUUGAGAGAGGGAAUUGAAAAUUCUUCCACAAAAGAUGUGGAGCUUGGGGAUCCCAAGGCCUAGCAACAAAAUGAGAGGGUUCUGUAACACUAAAAUUACUUAUUUUUUUAAUGAGGUAAGAGGCUUUCGAUCAAAUCAUUUGUUCAAUAUCUGUCUUCCACUGAGAAAAUUCUGUGAAGGAUGGACUUGAUUAUUUUGUAUUGAGGGUUAAACGUUAUGUAUUUGUCUUUCUUACAUGAAAAUUUAAAUGGUAUAUGGUCAUCAUUUUUUUUAUGCAACUUAUCCAUGGCCUUCAUAUUGAGGUUAAGGUGAUUGGUAAAUGUUG